AUGAGGACGUCCCGGACGCCUGCGCUGGCCGCCCUGGCCGCCUUGCUGUGCGUGGCGGCCGCCGUCCUCGGCGUCGUGGCCUCGGACACGAGGCUGCACGAGCUGAUGACCACCGAGGAGCUGGUGCAGGUGUUUGGCCAGAGCCUCGCCGAGGACCUCCCGGACUACGAGGUGGUGUUCCUGCCCACGCCGCACCCCAUGCCCGUCGAGCUGGAGGCCCUGGUGGCGGAGGGCGACGACGGCGAGGCGUUGACUGACGGUAUCGCUUUCCCCUACGAGUUCCACGCCUUCGGCAGCCCUGUGGGACUUAAGCUGAGGAGGAACCACCAGCUGAUCGCGCCGAGCUUCAAAGUCGUCCUCCGCGGCGGGGAGUCGAACCCGGACCCCGAGGCGGUGCUGGCGGACGCAGCUCGGCUGGAGCGCGGCGUGCCGCGGUGCCACUUCCUGCACAGGGAUGGCGACGACGCGGGGAUGGUCGCCGCCGUCAGCCUGUGCCACCCCAGAAGCGUGCACGGCCUCAUCCUGCGCGGCAACGAGUCUCUGGAGAUCUGGCCGCUUCCUCAGCGGCUGCAGGACCUGCAGGGACACGCCGACGGACACGCGCCGCACGUCGUGAAGCGCGUGCCGCUGGACCGACACAGAGUCCUCUUCAGCGCGGACGACGCCGUUACCCAUCAGGAUGUAGAGGCCGUCCUGUCCGCCCGCAAGCAAGACCCGCGGGGAGGCGCGCACGCCCGCCUGGUGCUGGAGACGGCCCUGUUCCUGGACGAGGCGGCGUACCGCCUGUUCGCGCCCUUCGUGUCCAACGACGAGGCGCAGCUGCGCGACAUGAUGCUGGCGUACCUCAACGGGGUGCAGGCGCUGUACCACCACCCCAGCCUGGGCCGCGCGCUGGACAUCGUGCUGGUGCGGCUGGAGCUGUUUCGGACGCAGCCCUACGACCUGCAGCACCACGACGGCGACCGCGGCCCCCUGCUGGACUCGUUCUGCGAGUACAACGAGCGGCACAACCCCCGCGGCGACGACGACCCCGCCCACUGGGACAUGGGGCUCUACGUGUCGGGAUUGGACUUCUUCGCGUACGAGAACGGCCGCAAGAGCGGCGUGACCAUGGGGCUGGCCACGGUGGGCGGAGUAUGCCUGGACCGGUACGCGUGCGUCAUCGCGGAGCUGGGCACCGUCAACGUGUUCGGCAAGCCCUACCCGUCCGCCGGCUUCACGUCCGUGUACAUCCUGGCGCACGAGAUCGGCCACAACCUGGGCAUGCACCACGACAGCACGAGCAACAGCUGCCCCAAGGACGGCUACAUCAUGUCGCCGUCACGCGGCACGCAGGGCGAGGCGGUGUGGUCCACGUGCUCCAGCGAGGUGCUGCAGCAGACGGAGGCCGACUGCCUGCUGGACCGGCCGCGGCCCGCCAAGGGCAUGGACCACAUGGCCAUGUUCAAGGACGAGCCCGGGCAGGCGUGGAGCGCCAAGAAGCAGUGCGAGAUGCUGCUGCGCGACCACGACGCCGAGCUGCGGUACCCGAGCAGGCUGGCGGAAAUCUGCGACAACUUGCAGUGCCGGACGCCGCACCGGUCCGGCUUCUACUUCGCGGGGCCGGCCUUGACGGGGACGAGCUGCGGCACCGCCAAAUGGUGCCAGGGAGGGCAGUGCGUCGCCAUGAAGCGUAAGAAGCCCGUCAAGGUGGUGAAGGGCGGCUGGAGUCCGUGGCGCUCCGAGCCCUGCCAGUCGGGCUGCAUCGCCAAGGCCAGAGGGUUCCAGAAGCGGCGGCGCUCCUGCACCAACCCCAGGCCCGUCAACACGGACGAGGGCUGCGAGGGCCCCAGCGUCGACGUGGUGCUCUGCAAGGACGACAACGUGUGCUCCAAGACGAGGCGGCAGAAGGUCGUGGAGUACGCCAGCGCCAAGUGCCGCCACUUCGCCACCCUGCUGCCGGACCUGGACGCCGCGGGCGCCGGCCUGCAGGCCCCCCACGAGCAGGGUCGCCUCUGGAUGGCGUGCGCCAUCUUCUGCCGGCGCCGCGACACCGGGUCGUACUACACGCCGCGCCUGGACCUCAACGACAUGGGCGUGGACGCCUACUUCCCGGACGGCACCUGGUGCCACGGCGACUCCUCGGGCUCCUACUACUGCCAGCAGCGGCACUGCCUCCCCGAGGGCUUCCAGAUCAGCAAGCUGACGCACUGGUUGUGGCAGACCGACGACGUGCCCGUGCCGCAGAACGCGCUGCCCCACCCCGACGCCUUCCCGCACCCCCCUCUGCUGCUGAGCUACCUGGGGCUGGGGGCGGACGGGCGCCCCUUGCUGGACCAGCUGCCCCCGGGGGCGGCGACCCCGCCUCCGGACGACGCGUGGUCCGACAGGGACUACGUCGAGCUGCCCGCGAUGUGAAGUAAAGUUCGCAACUGAUUUUAUACUACAAAAAGGAAUACAUUUAUCUACUGUUUACUGUUUUUUUUUCUACUUUUUUGUACUUUUUUUAACUGUAUUUUUUAUAACAAUCUGGGACUUUGCUAAUAAAUCGGGGUGUACACCCGCAUUUAUCGCUUUUUUGUA